GGGGACUCUGUCGGUUACUUGGCAGACUAUCUAAGUACAUCGAGACUUCGGAAAACUUUCAGCGGCACUCAUGCCGCUUUUACAUCGGGACAACAAUCGUGGAAGCGGCGGCAGUUCUAAUGAAAACCGCCGCUCACUAGCAGAAUUUCUUGCGCUAGACACACGGCACCUAACGGAGCCGGCCGCAGCGCCCAUCAAUCUUCGCAACAAUGAGGGUAUCAGGAAUGGCGACAUGGACUGGCGCUGGGAGGAGCCGCGGAGCCCCGAGGCGGCGCAGACGCCGCGCUCGCUGGUGCCGCCGGCCUGCUUCCCGCCGCAGCACACGCGCUCCUUUUCUAGCUAUAGUGAGAGCGCGCGCCCCGGCGGAGGCUGGGCCGAGGAGCCGUCGGGACAGGGGAUCAAAGACCUUGUGGCAUCUUUAAAGGCCCUCGCCAUACCGGCAGCGGCGAGCCCCCGCGCCCUGCAGACUUCCAUACAGGUGCGACUCAGCUAUGAGGGACUCGAAAAGGUGGAGCCACCGUGGCCUCCAGAGCAGGCCAAGUCGAACGUGCAUGCACGCGACGACAGGGCGCUGGCUCGACGCGCCUCCUUUUGUGGCGUAAUGUCCGGAGGGCGCAUGAACGAAUGGCGCGAUAACGCGGGUAGGAAUGGCGGAGCCUCGGGUUCAGGGCUGGUCGGGCUGGGGCUGGGGCUGGGUUUAGGUGUGGGCGUGGAUCUAGGGUUGACCACUGGCGAGCCACUUUUGUGGACCGGCACACUACCACCACGGUGUUCAGAUCCUAGCGGCGGGUUCUCGCCCAAAGUAUUCCUGGGCGGGCUCCCCUGGGAUAUCACGGAACACGCCCUCAUGAACGCGCUGGAACUGUUCCAUCCGAUACGCGUGGAAUGGCCGGGUCGAGAGCCGUGCGGCGGCGGCGGUGGCGGCGGCGGCGGCGGCGGGGGAGCGUCGUCCCCGCGCGGGUACGCGUACGUGACGCUGGAGAGUGAGCGGAACGUGCGCGAGCUGCUGGCGGCCUCACGCCGCGACGGAUACAACUGGUACUACAGGGUCGCCUCGCGCAAGAUGCGCUCCAAGGAGGUGCAGGUGAUCCCGUGGGCGGUGGCGGACUCGACGUGGGUGUCGGGCGGCUGGGCGCGGCUGGAGCCGGCGCGCACGGUGUUCGUGGGCGCGCUGCACGGCGUGCUCAGCGCCUCCGCGCUCGCCAUCAUCAUGGACCAGCUGUUCGCCGGCGUCGUCUACGCGGGCCUGGACACUGACAAGAACAAGUACCCGAUCGGCUCCGGCCGCGUCAUGUUCAACAACCUCCGUUCGUACUUGCGCGCCAUCGCCGCUGGCUACGUGGAGAUACGCACUGACAAGUUCACCAAGAAGGUGCAAGUGGACCCGUACUUGGAGGAUUCGAUGUGUUCAGUUUGCAACUUGCAGCAGGGGCCCUACUUCUGCCGCGACCCUAUGUGCUUCAGAUACUUCUGCCGCUCGUGCUGGGUGUGGCAGCACGCGGCGGCGACGGAGGAGCACAAGCCGCUGAUGCGCAACUCGAAGGGCACGCAGCUGUCGUUCGCGGCCGCCGCCGCGCUGCCGCCCGCGCGGCCCGCCGCCGCGCCGCAUGCGCUCGCGCAUCACUCGUACAACGGCGGCUUCGGCGGCGCCAGUGAAGCAGGCACAGCAUCCCCGUCGACGAGCGGCACGAGCACGAGCACGAGCCCGAGCGCGAGCACUAACACGAGCGAGCUAUCGAGCGGCGCGGCGAGCGAAGAGCCGGCCGACGCGUGGGCGCUGCACUAGGCGCGCCGCACGGCCGCGCGUGUUGUCGAGCCGCUAUUAAGUUGGGCGCUCUGCCACCAUACACGCUUAUUACACCACUUCGAUUAACGCUCGCUGAUAAUUAUGGAGAUUUCUACUAAAUUCCUUAAUAGAUUGUACUGUGAUACCACUUUCUAUAUCGUACAGAUGUUUCCAGUUUAGUUUACAGAAAUUUUCGCAGUAUCAGCCCCUAUUUAUGACUACCUUUAUACACUAUUUUGUAUAGUUGAUUUUUUCCUGAAUUUAAUUAACUUUUUAAAGAAUUUCUUUUGAUUUCUAUUUAUUAAGUUUAUUUUUUUAUUACAAUUAUGUAUUUUUCAUUUUUUUUUUUUUACAUAAAUUUUGUUUGAUUAAAAGGCAUAUUCUAGAUGUGUUUUUGAGCAAAAUGAAUUUGCCAAUUAAUUAGUGAAUUUAAUGAGAAGUAUUGUUACGAUUAUAAUUACGCCAUCCGCGUAGACAUGUUCAUUAGACGAAUUUUACAUGUGCCUCUGAUAAUUAGGCGAUUUUAAUAAGGUUUUACGGUGCCUGUUGUUUGGCCGCGUCUAGGCUGUCCAUUUAUUAAUCAUUUUAAAUUUUUAAUGGGCUUUUAAAAUUGUAUAAUCGUGAUUUUAUAGAAUUUUAGGCGUACAUCCAAUUAAUAUAAGAAUGUUGAUUUUAAUCGGUGCUUGUUCGAUUUUAAACAUCGUUUAUUGUUAUCAAGGAAUAAAUAUUUAUUAAAAUACAACUGACCUUUUAUUUACUUCACUGCAGCACUACCUACUUUAGGGAUUUCUAAACACAUAGUUCAGAUUUCUGCUGACCUGAGGCAUGUUUGAUUGCACUAACUAAAACAAGUUUUUUUUGAUGGGUGAAAAUGGUAUGGUAGCCCCGCCUGCGCUUACGGGAUACGCUGACGGAGCACCAGUGAAGGGUGAUUGAUGAGAAUGAAAACAGGCCAGUUAGCCCAUCAUGAUGAAUUCAUCAGGAAUUAACCAUUAUAGUUUUCAGAGAGAACCGCGAGGAGGUCGAUCUGGUUGGAUAUAUUGUUAGCAAUUCUUAGUCGCCAUUACUAACAAUCCUUUUCCAUCAACUAAAACAAGUUAGACAGGGAGUUCACCCACGGGGGUUUGAAGAGAUUUGCUAGUAUUAUAUAAAACUGUAGAUAGGGUGAAUGUUUUU